GAGAAGCCAUAUAAAUGCAUGGAGUGUGGAAAGACUUUUACUCGAAGCGGUAAACUUACUUCCCAUAAAAGAAUCCACACAGGGGAGAAGCCAUAUAAAUGCAUGGAGUGUGGAAAGACUUUUACUCGAAGCGGUAAACUUACUUCCCAUAAAAGAAUCCACACAGGGGAGAAGCCAUAUAAAUGCAUGGAGUGUGGAAAGACUUUUACUCGAAGCGGUAAACUUACUUCCCAUAAAAGAAUCCACACAGGGGAGAAGCCAUAUAAAUGCAUGGAGUGUGGAAAGACUUUUACUCGAAGCGGUAAACUUACUUCCCAUAAAAGAAUCCACACAGGGGAGAAGCCAUAUAAAUGCAUGGAGUGUGGAAAGACUUUUACUCAAAGCGGUAAACUUACUUACCAUAACAUGAUCCACACAGGGGAGAAGCCAUAUAAGUGCAUGGAGUGUGAAAAGAGCUUUCGUAGUAGGAGUGACCUUACUUCCCAUAGAAGGAUCCACAUUGGGGAGAAACCACUUGAAUGCAUGGAGUGUGGAAAGACUUUUACUCAAAGCGGUAAACUUACUUACCAUAACAUGAUCCACACAGGGGAGAAGCCAUAUAAGUGCAUGGAGUGUGAAAAGAGCUUUCGUAGUAGGAGUGACCUUACUUCCCAUAGAAGGAUCCACAUUGGGGAG